UUUCGGCUGCGUAAGGAAAGGCAAAGUUCUUGUCUCCAACCAAGCAGGAAUUUAUUCUUGAAAUAGGCAGCGAAGUUCCAAGAUUAGAAUAGAUUGCUGUAGUUGAUCUCAUCCCCCUGCAUGAGUAAUUCUGGGUGGUUAUUUAGCAGACUGAACAGAAGAUUAUAAACUCAGAACCUAGCUUAGUUUCUGGAAACUCUGGAGUGAUAAAGAACCUGGAAUAGCUCCUUUACCAAGAUUAUCUUUACAUUGAGGAUAGCAAUAUGUAAAUAAUCUAUCCUACUCACAUCUCCGGACUAUCCAUGUAGCGUGCAGCUCCAAGGAAUUUGCAGCUCCGUAUUUCAAAGCUUCGUUCUGAGUAUUUUUUCAAAUGGCAAAUAUCCAACAUUAAUAAUCCACAUAGCAGAACUGGGAGGAGGCUGCUGUGGGGGCAGCAGUAUCACGUUGAACUUCAAACAGUCUUUUUAAUAGUCAGUACAGUGUACAAUACUGGAGGAAGAGAAGCUGCAGCAAGAAGAACGAAUGAGAAUGGAAUCCAGGCGACAAGUCACAGUAUCCUGGGACUCAGGAGGAUCAGAUGAAGCUCCUCCCAAGCCCAGUAGGCCUGGUUACCCCAGUCCAAGAUCCAGUGAAGGGUUUUAUCCUAGUCCGCAGCAUAUGGUACAGCCAAAUCAUUACCAGGUGUCUGGCUACCCUGGUUCCCAUGGGAUACCAGCCAUGGCAGGCAGCAUUUAUCCUGGGCAGGCUUCUCUCUUGGAUCAAGCAGAUUCCUGGAACCAUCGGCCUCAGGAAAUACCAGUGUGGCAACCAAACAUGGAGGAUUCAGGCACUUUGGAUGUACGAGGAAUAGGUCAGGUUCUACCCACACAUCUCAUGGAGGAGAGAUUGAUACGACAGCAACAAGAGAUGGAAGAAGAUCAGCGCUGGCUUGAAAAAGAGGAGCGAUUCCUGAAACCUGAUGUGCGGCUCUCCAGAGGCAGCAUCGACCGAGAGGAUGGAGGUCUCCAAGGCCCAGCUGGUAACCAGCACAUAUAUCAGCCUGUGGGUAAACCAGAUCACGCAGCUCCGCCAAAGAAACCCCCCCGCCCUGGAGCCCCCAGCCAUUUGGGCAGCCUCGCGAGCCUCAACAGCCCUGUGGACAGCUACAAUGAAGGCGUGAAGAUUCAGCCGCAGGAAAUCAGCCCUCCUCCCACGGCCAACCUGGACCGCUCCAAUGACAAAGUCUACGAGAAUGUAACUGGGCUGGUGAAAGCGGUCAUAGAAAUGUCCAGUAAAAUCCAGCCGGCUCCCCCAGAGGAGUAUGUACCCAUGGUAAAGGAGGUUGGUUUGGCAUUAAGAACCUUACUGGCAACAGUAGAUGAGACCCUCCCUGUGCUUCCUGCGAGCACCCACAGAGAGAUCGAGAUGGCCCAGAAGCUGCUGAACUCGGACCUGGCUGAGCUCAUUAACAAGAUGAAACUGGCCCAGCAGUAUGUCAUGACCAGCCUGCAGCAGGAGUACAAAAAGCAGAUGCUCACAGCUGCUCAUGCUCUGGCUGUGGAUGCCAAAAACUUGCUGGAUGUUAUUGACCAAGCCAGACUGAAAAUGAUCAGUCAGUCCAGACCACACUAAGCACUGAGGCAAGAGUUUCAUCAGUCUAAGAAUUCUGCUCGCAAAAGGAUGUUCUCUCACCUUCCACCAGCACUGAGGAUUAACCCAGUGUAGUCCUGGCUUCCCAGCACCUCUUGCUUCAGCAGACCUGACUGACCACUGUUGGUUUUCUCUCAUUACAAAAGCUUAACCAAGUUUUUAUCAUAAAGCCAAGCUGGUCUGGGAUUCAAAAAGUGGCAUUAUCACAAGAUGAAGUUUGUACAGAACUCCUUGGGAAAUCACAGCUACGAAGCGCAAUUCAGUUUGAUAUCAUCGCAUGGGACACGCUUAGCCUAGAGCUGCCACAGGGUUACAGUCUCAGAGCCAAAACUGUUUGAGCAGCAGAUGGGAGAAAGAUAUUGUGAAGUGAAGAAUUCGGGGAAACCUCAGGGCUGAGAAUUCUUGCCCACAGUAUAUGAACUAUCCAGACUGGAAUUUUUUUAUUAGAACACUUACGUCACAAUAUGCUAAUCAUAAUUUACAGAGAAAGAAUAAAAAGCUAUAUUUUGAAGACUUUGGUCAUUUCAAGACAAAACUAAAGCCCUCUUCAUCUUCCUGCCUUUUUCUUUUAUGUGAAUGUGUGAAGCAUUUGUUUGGAACUAGCUGUAGAACACAACUGAAAACUCUUGUCUUUUUCACCAGAAAUAACGUGCCAGUCCUUUUGUAGCAAUGUUGUUUUCCUUGGAAGCAAAAAUGCUUUGUACCAGAGCAAUUCAGAGCUGCAUUUAGAGUUCUGUAACCAUUCAUGUCCCCCAUUUUUAUAUAAUUUAUAAAGACAGAAUAAAGCCAUGUUGAAUAUUUUAAACCCACUGUAGUUAACUAACCCAUCCUUUUGUCUAUCUUGCCUGGGAGGAGUUACAGUAGAGCAGUGUAAUUAGAUUUUCCUUGGUUUUCCAGUUAUGCCAUCUGUUCUGUUAAAAUAAAAACCACGCUCCCUUUUUGCUGUUGAGGGAUAUAAAUUAUUCUCAGGAAGAAUAUAAUGAACUGUACAGUUACUUUGACCUAUUAAAAAGGUGUUACCAGUGA